AUGGUCUGGGCCCUUUUUUGGUUGGUGGUAGCGAUCAUCCACAAUACCCCUGCUUCGGAGAAGACCGGGGGUGGAACCAGCGUGGCACCGUCGACGACGCCGAGUGAGGACUCGUGCCCGCACACUCUUACGGGCCUGGGCAUCCGGCUGGCUGGAAGUGCCUACGGAUCGCCUCGCCCGUGCGAAACAGGCUCUGGAAGGCCACCACUCGCGACCGAGCUGUGUCAUGGCUUCCCAGGCUUCGUGGCGAUGUGUGACGUGCAAGCAGUCGAUUCGAGGGAGCCACCACUAUUGCCCCACAUGUGGGGGGCAUUGGACACAAACAGCCGACUCCUAUGUGAACAAGGAGUCCACGGCUCCCUGGCCUGGCCAGGCGACAUGGAAUGCGCCCUGGCAGAACAAGUCCAGGCACCCAAGCCGGGACGACACACCACGCAGAUCUUUGACUCCGCGGAGGUCUCACAGGACCGCGCCAUGCUGGACAGGCUCGUCGCGGCGAUGAAGGAGUCAGAGACGGAACUGACUCCCCACAUGCGAGAGCUCCUGGACAUGUACCGCCAGGAGGACUCAAGAGCGGAGGCCAAAACCCUCCACAAGAUGGUCGCCACCCAGUCCAAUGCGAAGCAGGAACUUGCGAAGCUGAGGACCUCACGGAGUGCAUAUUUACAGGCAUGGGCGGCUUACAUCAGCCAAGUGGUGACCACGAUCGAGAACCAGGUGGCCGAGCAUGCCGCCACGAUCGAGGACUACGAGCAGAAGGAAUCGCAGUGGGAGGGCGUCCUACAAGAUGCCACUACCUCCCUUGCGCAGAGGGCUGCAGCCACGAGCUCAGAGGCCAUGGAGGAUGUCAAGGAGGCCAAGGACGACUCCAAGGCCGAGCUCGCCAGAAUCGACGCGGAGACGGAGAUGGUUUACUUGGAAGAGAUGCGUGCGGGACGCUGGCUGUCGUCCCUUCAGCUGCCUGCUGAGGUCCACCGCAUUGUGCAGGCGCAGCUCAAUCAGACAUGGUAUGUUGACGGCGCCCCCGGAACCACCCUGUACACCACCCGCACAGGGACAGCGCCAGGCUCGCCAGUCGCCGAUGUCCUCUUCGCUGUUCUCUUUAGCCGCUUCCUCCACGGCAUGGAAGCUUAUCUUCGUUCGGCUUGCGCCUCGCCCCAUGUUGAGGUCUUGCAGCAAGGAGGUGCAGGCGCGGAAACCCCAACCUGGGCAGACGACGUCGUUGUUCUUUUCCAGGUUGACCGAGCGGAGCUAGUACCGGGGCUCCUGUCAGAGCUCGGCAGCCAGGUUGUUUCACGACUGCACUGUCUAGGGCUUGAGGCCAAUCUUGGGCCGGGCAAGACCGAGGCGUUGGUGGCUAUGCGCGGGGCGGCCUCGCGCACUGCGCGCCGCGCACUCCUCACGGCUGAUAACCCUUCUGUGCCACUGCAUCUUUCCGGGCCCGACGGCACGGGACCUCGCCUUCGCAUUGUCCAGAGCUACACCCACCUGGGCACGGUGGUGUGCUCAGAGCUUUCUGAGGUCGCCAACCUCCGGCACCGGGGAGCCCUUAUGCGAAGCGCCUUCAAGCCGAUCUGUAACAAGCUCAUGCAUAACCCCUACCUGACCUUCCAAGAGAAGCGAGACCUCCUUUUGGGAAGGGUUUUGCCAAAGUUCUUUUACGGUGCUGGCUUGUGGCGAUUGCAUACUGCGACGGAGCGGGAAUUGGCCACUGGACCGGUCCACGCCGUCUUACGCCGCUGUGUGCGUCCCUUCACCGGCAACAGCUCAGCCCGCAUGACACAGGGCGAAGUUCUGGCCGCAUUGGAUGUUCCGAGUCCGGACGAGCUCCUUGAUGUGUACCGAGCCCGGGCGCUGGCGAAGGUUAUCCGCCACGACAUGGAGCCAGCAUGGCAGGGCUUCGUCCAGGACGGGGUGUGGCUACGCGCGGCGUGCGAGUCUGCGGACCGCGUCUACGCCUCCCUAGGCCUAGCGCCGGUUUUUGCCAAGGUUCAAGACUCCGCGGCCGGUCCAGCGGCCGACUUGAUCCAGGCCCAGGCCGACCGUAUACGUACGGCAUGCAAAGCCUACCUACGCAAGUGCAGGGCUGAGCGCCCCCCCGUGGACUGGCGUGACGUGCUCCGGCGCCAGGAGGCAGGGGCCAGCCUCGAGGUCGUCAGCUGCGCCGGGCCGGCUUUCCCCCACGAGUGCCAACUAUGCAGCGCGCGGUUCGCAUCGCACCGCCGUCUGUCAGUUCACCUCUCCAAGUGCCAUGAGGUACCAGGCAUAGGCAUGAGGCACGCUUUCGGCUCCCGCUGCGAAGUCUGCAAGCUGGAAUUUUGGACUUUGAAGCGUUUAGCCGCGCACCUUGCUAGAAGCGAGGUGUGCCGACGGGUGUACCAGGAGUCCGAUCUGGAGCCCGAAGGCGCAGGAGAGGCGGCCUCUGGGCCGGCCUGGAGGCCUUCCGCGCCGAGUUUUGGACCUACGCCCUUUUGGGCCUGUUUACGGCCGGGCUAG